AUGCCAUCACCACCACACUCUUCCUCUGAGUCUCAACCUUUAUCAAUUGAUGGUGCUACAACCUCUACUACUUAUAUGUUGCCUGUACUAUCAGAUGACCAACUGGAGGUCAUCUUGCCUCGUUUAUCUUAUUCUUUUGUGCCUUCUGCUCAUUCAAUAUCAGCUGGUACCAAUAAUUGCCAUCCUAUGCAAACUCGGUCUAAGUCUGGUAUUAUCCAGCGUAGGCAAUUUCUUGAAUACUCGAGCUUCAUUACUUAG